AUGAAGAGUUUUGGAAUGAAGCAAUGCCAGGUUGAUCACUCAGUGUUCAGCUAUGACUCAGAAGCUGGGAAGAUUUUAUUAGUGGUCUAUGUGGAUGAUAUUGUCAUCACUGGUAGUGAUAAAUUGGGGAUUGGCAAACUCAAGGUAUUUCUGCAAAAUCAUUUUCAAAAAAAGGACCUUGGAACAUUAAAGUAUUUAUUGGGAAUAGAGGUUGUCAGGUCAAAACAAGGUGUGAAUCUGUGCCAAAGGAAAUAUGUCAUUGAUCUAUUGGAAGAAACAGGACUGUCAGGUGCAAAACCGGCUGAGACCCHUAUGGAACCAAAUGUUAAGUUGAGCAGUGAUACAGGAGAAGUAUUUGAAGAUCCUGGAAGGUAUAGACGACUAGUGGGAAAGCUAAACUAUCUGACUAUCACGAGACCCGACAUCUCCUUUGCAGUCAGUGCGGUGAGCCAAUUCAUGCAGAACCCUCGUAUACCUCACUGGGAUGCAGCCCUUAGAAUUGUGAGGUAUCUGAAAGGAGCUCCAGGCCGUAGGCUAUUGUAUAAACCAGGAGGAAAACUUGAAGUAGUUGGGUAUACAGAUGUAGACUGGGCAAGCUCAGUGAGUGACAGAAGAUCUACUACAGGCUAUUGCACAUUUCUGAGAGGAAGUAGUGCUGAAGCCGAAUAUAGAGCCAUGGCUCACACUACCUGUGAAUUAGUGUGGCUGAGAAAUCUCCUAUAA